AUGAGACUUGAAUAUUUAGCUACAUGGCUAUUCAAGUCCUGCGUGAUCGCUUCGGUGUUCAGUGUGCUACUUUCAGCACUUACCAUGCUCUCACAAUUAAUGAACUACAGAAUACCGCAACAACAGAGGCUAAUCCUAAGGAUACAAUUACUAGUGCCGAUUUUUAGCAUAACAUGCCUACUAGCCAUUAUAUAUCCCAAUAUGGCUACUAUCUUAAUUGAUCCAAUUAGAGAGGUUUAUGAAAGUUUCGUCAUCUACACUUUUUUUAGUUUAUUAACGUUAUUAUUAGGCGGGGAGAGGAACAUAUUAGUGAAUAUAGCGCCAAAGCAGAAUGCGUUGCGGCAUCCUAUACCGGUUCUUGGAAGGUGGAUUCUUCCUGCGGUGGACCUAAGCGAUCCAAAAGCUUUCCUAGCUAUCAAACGGGGUAUCUUACAGUAUGUUUGGUUUAAACCUAUAUAUUGCUUGGGGAUGUCGAUAUGUCAACAAAUGAAGUGGAAGGUGGGUAUUCGCUGUUUGGUUAUAGCCUAUAAUGCAAGUGCGUCAUGGUCAUUGUACGACUUGGCUUUGUUCUGGAAAUGCUUAUACCACGAGCUAGCGCAGUAUAAUCCGUGGCCUAAGUUUCUAUGCGUUAAAUUAAUAAUAUUUGCUUCUUAUUGGCAAGGAAUGAUUAUUGAUCUUCUUCAGUAUUUUAAUGUGAUUUCGGAGCGACCAGACGUUAAUAUGGGUUAUAUAUAUCAAAAUACAAGUCUAUGCCUCGAAAUGAUAGUAUUUGCCCUAGCGCAUAGGUGGGCUUUUCCAUGGACAGAAUAUAGUGCCAGACAGAUUCCGAUGGGAGCAAGAAUGAAGUUCUACUAUGCAUUAAGAGACUGGCUGGGCUGGAAAGAUCUAGCUUGGGACUUCAAAACGACAUUUAAAGGAAGUGAAUACACCUACAGAAACUUCGCUGCUACGGAAGCAAACUCAGAAAGACGACAGAAGAUGAUUAAUGAUGGUUUAAGAUACACGAACUUUGGCACAGAGAGGCAUUGGAUAAAAGGUUCACCAAGCAAGUACGGAUCUAUAACUAGCGACGAAGAUUGGUUAGAUUUAAUUGAGGGAAUACCGACUUACAUUCCAGAGGACAGUAAAUAUCCUGUAAUAUGGGAUGCAAGUUCUCGCAGGUAUACGAGAAGCAUCGUACAAUUACGAGAGACUAUGGCUCGGGAAUUCGCCACUUCUUUAGUUGGUGUUUAG